UAUUAGCAAAAAGAGGAAAUGAAAUUAUGCUAUAGAGUAGAUGUGAUAUUCUCACUAAUACAAACAUAGACGACACUGGCUAUCUGGGCACAUCUGUGAACAGACUACUAGUGAGCUGGACGACAAGUUUAGUACCAGACAUUUUAUCAAGACAGAUUCAAGGAGUCUCAGUAAAAUGAACAGAACCAGCAGCUGUAACAGUACAUUUUCUAAGGACUUGUUACCUCCUAUCUACGGUGUGGAGAUGUGUGUGGCACUGGUGGGGAACAUACUGGCAUUGUGGCUGCUUGUGACUAAGGCGAAGAAGAACUGGCACAUGGGAGUAGUGUUCUCCUGCAACCUGAUCAUCAGUGACAUCUUUUACGCCCUCACACUCCCACUUCUCAUCGUCUACUAUUCAAGAGGACGGGUCUGGGGAUUUGGUAAUGCACUCUGCAAAAUAGAGCGCUUUCUCUUCACCUGUAACCUCUACGUCAGCAUUUACUUCAUCAUGUGCAUCAGUGUCCAUCGAUACCUGGCCAUCGUCUAUCCAAUUUUCACACGCAAACACAUUCGCCCAAAACACGCCAAGAUCAUCAGUGUGUUCGUCUGGAUAUUUAUUGCAAGCCUUUCAUCUCCUGUUCUCUACUAUUCAGGUCUGAAUAAGGGCAGAUGUUCCUUAUUUGCAAAUUACAGCAGUAAAGCACUUAAACCUACCAAGACAACCUACAGAUUGUUUAUGGCUGUUACAGGCUGUUUGGUCCCUUUUGUAGUUACUUUUGGAUCCUAUUUUGGUGUAAUAAUGGCUGUUUUUAAAAAUCCAAAUAUCACCUCACUGCAGAAGAAAAGAGUGGCGUUGAUUGUGGGUUUAGGUUGCAUCCUGUACACCGUGUCGUUUGUCCCCUUUCACAUUCUGCAAAUAUGGAACUUUAAACUGAGGGAAGAAAAUAAGACUAAUUGUUAUGUGCGUAACGGAUACCAAGUGUCAAAGGCAUUAGCCUGCCUGAACAUGUGCCUUCAUCCCAUCCUGUACAUGGCUGUGUUUGACAGUAUUAGAGCAGUGUGCUGCAAAAGGAGCUCAAACGUUUCAAGUGUACAAAUCACAGGAGAUCACUCUAAAGGAAAUUGAAUUGAAAUACAGAGA